UUCAGGCUGGAGAGGCUUGGUUGUGCAGAAGUGGAGAGAAGCCUCUGUUAGAAAAUAUCAGGACCUGAGGUAGUGGAGCUACCGCUGUGGUUCAGGCUGCGCUAUGCAAACCGAGGCAAGAACGUGUAGCAAUAAAGCGGAUCAACUUGGAAAAGUGCCAGACCAGUAUGGACGAACUAUUAAAAGAAAUUCAAGCCAUGAGUCAGUGCAGCCACCCCAACGUAGUGACCUAUUACACCUCUUUUGUGGUGAAAGACGAACUUUGGCUGGUUAUGAAAUUGCUAAGUGGAGGUUCGAUGUUGGAUAUCAUAAAAUACAUCGUCAACCGAGGGGAACACAAGAAUGGCGUACUGGAAGAGGCGAUAAUAGCAACCAUUUUAAAAGAAGUUUUGGAAGGCUUAGACUAUCUGCACAGAAAUGGUCAGAUCCACAGGGAUUUGAAAGCUGGAAAUAUUCUUUUGGGUGAGGAUGGUUCGGUACAAAUAGCAGAUUUUGGGGUAAGUGCAUUCUUAGCCACAGGGGGUGAUGUUACCCGGAAUAAAGUCAGGAAAACUUUUGUCGGUACCCCAUGUUGGAUGGCCCCCGAAGUCAUGGAACAGGUGAGAGGCUAUGACUUCAAGGCUGACAUGUGGAGUUUUGGAAUAACUGCCAUUGAAUUAGCCACUGGAGCAGCGCCUUACCACAAAUAUCCUCCAAUGAAAGUGUUAAUGCUGACGUUGCAGAACGACCCCCCCACCUUAGAAACCGGAAUAGAGGAUAAGGACAUGAUGAAGAAGUACGGCAAGUCCUUUAGAAAAUUACUUUCGCUCUGUCUUCAGAAAGAUCCUUCCAAAAGGCCCACAGCAGCAGAACUUUUAAAAUGCAAAUUCUUCCAGAAAGCCAAGAACAGGGAGUACCUGAUUGAGAAGCUGCUCACGAGAACCCCAGACAUAGCCCAAAGAGCCAAAAAGGUUGAGCAGAAUCCUGGGAAAGCAAGCAUGAUGUCAGGUUCUGAGAAAGAGCAAGGUGGCAACACAAGGGUACGAAGAGUUCCGGGGUCCAGCGGUCACCUGCAUAAGACUGAAGACGGUGACUGGGAGUGGAGUGACGACGAGAUGGAUGAAAAGAGUGAAGAAGGGAAAGCGGCUUUUUCUCAAGAAAAGUCACGAAGAGUAAAAGCAGAAAAUCCAGAGAUCGCCAUGAGUGCCAGCAGCAUGCCCGAGCAAAUACAGUCCCUCUCUGUACAGGACGCUCAGGGCCAACCCAACGCUAGUGAAGACUAUAGAGAAGCUUCUUGCGUUGUGAACCUCGUUUUAAGAUUAAGAAACUCCAGAAAGGAACUUAAUGACAUACGAUUUGAGUUUACUCCAGGAAGAGAUACGGCAGAUGGCGUUUCCCAGGAGCUCUUCUCGGCUGGCCUGGUCGAUGGACAUGAUGUAGUUAUAGUGGCUGCUAAUUUACAGAAGAUUGUAGACGAUCCCAAAGCGUUGAAAACAUUGACAUUUAAAUUGGCUUCGGGCUGUGAUGGGUCAGAGAUUCCCGACGAAGUGAAGCUGAUUGGAUUUGCUCAGCUGAGUGUCAGCUGAUGUAUGUCCCUUGAUGUCACCCUUAUCUGUCAUGCCCCUCCUCACCACACUUCCCUCGCCCCUCCCUAUCCCUCCCACCCUUUUACUCCCACUUCCCAGCAAAUUCAGAAGAUUGUGAAGAGGUCGGCUUAGACGAAAAUGGGAUUAAAAACAAAAAGGUUGUUUUUUUAAACUUACAACACUCCGAGUUCCGCUUUAUUCUCUAGCAAUCCACAGUAUGAGAACAAGCAAAUGCCACAGCUGCACGACUGUUGCUGCUCUUUUCCAAAAGCUAUUUAAUAAUCUUAGCACUCAAUGUGGAACUAUCCCGCCAGCGAAAAGAAUCUGAAAUAACACUCAGGUGGCCCUAUUUAUUGGCAACAACAACCACAAAAAAGAAUUUUCUAUCAGAAGCCUAUUUCUCCUUUCACUGUUCAUGCUUUCUGUUAGAAUACGUUAAUUUUACAUCUGAUAAUACUGCCUCUUUAUGUUGUAUUUAGAAAUUAAUAUACUUAUAAAAUUAAGAUUUAUUAGCCAAACUUGAAUUCUAGUUUUAAAACUGUGAAUUUUAUUUUUCAUAUAUGUAUGCAUUACACACCUUAGCGAUAAAGAAAGGAAAAAGAAAAAGGUUUUGAUUAUAUGCUUCUUGCAGUUAAUCUCUUAUUUAAACAAAAGGUUUCAGGUAUAUCUUUGAAGUAUUUGUAAUGUUAAUUUUUGAAGUGACUGGAUUAAGAACUAGGAAUGCUUCACUCUCUCGGUUUGCUUGCCUAGAAACAGAUUACAAUCUGACAGUCUCUUGGGAGUGGGAGGUGCCUUGCAGGCUCUCACAGGAAGACUGACUGAGGGCUGCUUUCCGGCAGGCAUGGGCUCACAGCUAACCUGGCCGCCACUUGUGACGGCAUCACUAAAUGUGGCUUCCUUUAGAGUUUAGAGCAUCCUAGGAAACGUCACCAUUCUAUUCGAUGGCUGACUGCGUACCCAUCUCUGAUUUGGCUUCUCCUUAAGUGACACGGUCUGUUGUUCAAAAAGUGAUACACUUGAAAUUAUCAGCAUUUUUGUUUUACUUGAAUUUCUGCAAACGACCAGAUAGAGGUGGAGAUAAUAGAAAGGGUUUUGUGCAAUGACUACAAAGCUAAAACGCUGUCAGGUUUCAAGGAUAAGUACUUUUUGCCCCGAGUUGCCCUUUGCUUGAUUAUAUACAAUGGAACCAGUAAAUCUUAAGAUUUUGAAAAUUGGAGUUUAAACUUUUCAGGGAGGUGGACUCCCGGGAUGGUACCAUCGCUCUUUCCUAGCUAACCCUAGAUAUGGCAGCUCUUCGAUAUACUUUAAAAAGCAAAUAUAUAUUACUAAGGAAAAAAGUUAUUUAUAAUUGCCUUGUCGUAAUUGUUAAGGUGUUCUAGAGCCAUUUGCAUACAAUUUAAUGUAAUUUCAUUCCAUUCUAUUGUUUACACAAUGAUUACUCAAAGAUGACUGCAAAAGUAAAAGGAUAAUAAAAGUGUAUUGCACAAAGA